AUGGAAACUUUACAGGAGCUGAUAGAUAACUCCAUCUUCCAACCAGUUGCUUCUCGCAGGAAAGCUAAUGCUGCUCGCAACGAUUUCAGCCUUCUCAAAGAUGCAAAGAAAGCAUUGAAGAAGAGGUUGAGCAAAAUUUCUUCUUCUUCAACUCAGUUAGUUAAUGGAAAACAAUCCUCUGCUGAUUUCUUGCCAUUGGAAGGUGGACCAGCGCGGAAGUCACCGGCUCUGAAAGAGCUGAAAAAUAAGUCUGGUGUGCUGUAUGUUGGUAGGAUUCCUCAUGGUUUCUACGAGGAAGAAAUGAAAGCUUAUUUUGCGCAAUUUGGUACUAUUAAGAGAUUGAGGAUCGCGAGGAAUAAAAAGACUGGAAAAUCGAAGCAUUUUGGAUUCAUGCAAUUUGAAGAUCCUGAGGUGGCGGAAAUUGUAGCUGAAUCUAUGCAUAACUAUCUGUUGUUUGAGCAUCUUUUGCAAGUCUAUGUUAUCCCCCAGGAGCAUGUGCAUCCAAAAUUGUGGAAAGGUUUUAAUUAUCGUUACAAUCCUGUGGACCGGCUUCAAACCGAAAGAAAACGGCAUGACAAGGAGAGAACACUUGAUGAGCACAGAAGAUUGGUGGGCAGGAUUAUGAAGCGAGAUCAGAAGCGGCGAAAAAUGAUAGAAACUGCUGGUUUGGAUUACGAGUGCCCUGAAUUCGUUGGUGAUGUUAAGUCUGUGCCAAAGAAGAUUAAGUUUGACCUAGAUUAG